UAUAAUUAACAGGCAACAAAAUGGCGACUGGUUCAAGAUCUACAUCUCCUAAUUUUUCUGUGCGAUUCAAAGCUCGAGAAGAAUUUAACAAACAUAGGAGUAUAUAUCUUAUAAAUUUACCACCAAGCACUGAAGGGGAACUUCAAGAGUUUUUGGGAGGCUUUAAAGCAAAGAAAAUAAAAAUCAAUGAUUCACUUGAUUCAGCUCUUGUUGUUCUUGAAAACGGAAAUCAGGUUGAUGAAGCCAUUGAAAAGCUAAAUAAUAAAGACUUUAAGGAUAAUACAGUUACUGUCAAACACGGGUAUAGCAACCAGUUGAUAUGCAUAUCUCAUAUUCCUUUAACCUAUACAGAUGCCCAGUUCAAGGAAAUGUGCCAAAAAUAUGGCACUGUUGAGUAUAGUUAUAUAAUGAGAGCAGAGGAAACUGGAGAUAGUAAAGGAUAUGGCUUUGUAGAAUUUGAUGUGGACAUAGAACAAGCCAAACUCAUCAAGUCAGAAUUUGAUUGGAAAAACUUAGAUGGACAAAUUUUGCAUGCUGAUUUUGUUGACGAGCAUGGUCAGUCGUGGGAUCGUCUUCAGUCACGAUGCCUACUUAUUACCAACAUGCCAGAUAAUUUUGUUGAUGUCUCUAAAUUGAGGGAAAUGUUUGGAGUCAUAACCAGUCCAGUCUAUUGUCAGAUUAUUGCAAAGGGAGACAGGUCAUUGGGCUAUGGCAUUGUUGAGUUUCGCACCGCUGAAGAUGCAGAAAAGACUUGGUUUAAACUAAAAGAUGAGAAGAUUCAAGGGAAGAGCAUUGUCUUAACUUUCUGUAUUCCAGGAAAAUCUGCAGUUGUAAUAAACAAUCGUAUCAUGUGGAAAUAUGGUGACAAAUUAACAAAAAGUGCCAGUCUUCUUCCUGAUCCUGUUUCUGCCAAGCCAGUCAUUGCUGGAAAUCCUCUUGUUCUUAGUCUCUCCAAAUUAAACCCUAAUUUAAUGGAUGAGUUUAGCAAAGUUUUGGGUGAGCUACAGCAAGCUUAUGUCUCUCAGAUGAUGUCUCCUGUCAACAAGCCAGGCCUCUUAGGACCUGCCCCCUCUCUUCCACUAAGUCCCAUGAUGAACCCAAAUAUGCAGCUUGGUCUACUUGUUAUGCUAGCCAUUCAUAUCCAAGCAGCAAAAAGAGAGCAGUUCACUGGGAUUUUGGCUAAACAGCUGAAUACAUUAAGUGAGCAAGAAGGAUUAACAGAUCUAAAAGGACCAAAACCUUCGAUCCUUGGUGACCCAUUAACAGGCCAAGCUAAUGUAAUACUAACAAGUUUGAAGCAACAGCUGAAUCAAGUACCUGUUCUUGGAGAAGAUGGAAAAGAAUUAAAAGAACCUUCUUUAAUUUAUGACAGAAUAAAGUUUAUAGUCAAAAAAUUUAUUGCUAAUGGACGCUACUUGAAUCUCAGUCUUCUUAACAACCUAGGCCAGCUCCUUGUGACCAUGAAACAAGUAGAUGUUGGGCGUCCCAACACUGCUAGCCUUAAAGGACAGUCUUUGUUGGGUCCAGUACCUGGGAGCUUACCACAGCCUCUUAUGGGGAGUGGUAAAGGCAACUCUCUCUUAGGAGAUCCGCCAAACAUCGUUUCACAUACUUCUCUGAACAGCUUAGGAACAGCCAAUGUGAAUGCAUCUUUAAUGCAAGCUAUAGGACUAAAUGUUGGUAGUGGGAGCUCAAUAGGAAGUGCAGGACAAAGUUUGCUCAGUCAGAUUAGUCAGGGUUUGGUUCACCAAAUUGGGCAGAACCUUUUAUAUCAAAUGUCUGUCGGACAAACUGGCCAAUCUUCUGGCCGAGGUCUGUUGGGAGAUGUUCCUAGUGAAGCACCUAAAGUUAAAACAUUUUCUGUACCAAAGUCUUCACUUCUUGGAGAGCCACCAGCACACUUAAAAGCUGCUCAUACCAGUGCACCACCUCCAAUCUCUCCAACUGAGCCAAAUGCUUGGAAAGGAAUACCUAAUAAGAAGAAAGUUGAACAAAAUUAUGAAAGUUUCAAUAAUAGUGAAAGAUGGGGCACUGGAGUGUAUGAAAGUGGAUAUAACAACAAGGGACGUCCUGUCCAAGGAUAUAAUGACUAUUCCUAUGGUGGUGAUACAUUCACUGAUACAAAUGCUGGUUAUGGAAGUUAUGAGACUGGAGCAGACUAUUAUAAUAACUAUCAAGCAUACUGUUAUAAUGGGCAAGUGGAUUAUUACUACCAGACUGACAAUGGCUGUUACAGCCAGUUUGGUACUAGUAAUUAUGGUUCAGGUGCUGGACCUUCUGGAAUGACCGGCAGUGGCACUGAAUAUGGCAUGGGACUAAGCACCAACCAGGCUUCAGGUGUGAAUUUCCAGGAUGGUCAAACAUUCGGCAAAGGCAGCAGCGGUGGCCUUGGCCAAGAUAAUUCAAAAUUUAGUACAGAUGGAUAUACUAGUGCUGGGAUGGGAAUGGGUGGGUAUGGUUAUGGGACUAGAGAUCAACUAGGUCAAGGCUUUGAUGCUUUUGGAACUCAAACAAAUUCUUUUGCAGAUAAUGGAAUGGGGGGGACUGGUCUACUAAGCAAUACAUCAAGCCAAGGAAUAUUAGGUAAUGGCCCUACAGGUAGUGGAAAUAGUCUAUUAGGAACUGGUAGAGGCGAUGGUCUAUUAGGCAAUGUUGGGGCCACAGGUAAUCUUUCUGGAACUGGAAGCAGUGGCAAUGGAUUUUAUGGAACUGGCAACUCAUACAUGGGAAGUGGCUACAUGGGCAGUGGUGGUAAUGUUAAUAAUUAUGGAAAUAAUGUUGGAUCAGGCUUGGGCUCUGGAAUGAUGGGAUCUGGUAUGGGUACUGGAAUGAUGGGAUCUGGUAUGGGUACUGGAAUGAUAAAUACAGGAAUGGGGGAUAAUAUGGGUUCCUAUAACACUAAUAUGGGGAUGAGUUCAUCAGUGAAAAGUAGUGCUAGUAGCACAAGCUUAUUUGGUAGUGGCAGUAACAUGCCCAACAGAACUAGUGCUAUGUCAGGCAGAGAUGUCACCAAUGCAUCCUUUUAUACAGGAGCCAGCACAGGGCACUCUAUGGGUCUUCUACCAUCUCCUUCCAAAAAUCCGUUGACACCUAUUGGACAAAAACGCAGCUACAGUCAGCUUCUUCCCAAGCCUGAAAAAAGCCCUGAAGGACUAGAUUACAUUGGUCAGCACUCUCAAGGCCUCGGUGGACAUUAUUUUGAUUCCCUCAAAAAAUCAAAAUUAUUUUAAACUUUUGAACUCUCCCUCUUAGGGUGGGGGUGCCUUCUAGUGCUCAUAGUGAUGCAUUUAAAUAAAUCUCUUUUGUUAGUUUAAACCAUUAAAAGAAUCUUUAGCAA